AUGUCUUCUUUAUCUGGCGGCUCCUCCCCUCUGAAAGCGGAGGAAAUCAUCGACUCCACAUUCGAAAAGAUGGCAGAGAUUCCAAAGGGGGGCUUCGCGCUGUCUCCGGAACAUACACACUCCCGGGGCACUCGAUCGCCUACCAUCUAUGAUAGGCAUCUACCUGCGCAUAUGCGUAUAAAGAAGCUAGGGCUCGAUGAGGGGAUGCUAGCAUCAUUUCAUGAAGCAAUUCUCGGGCUCGCCAGAUCGAAUGACACUUUCGUCAGGUUCCUGGCACGAGACGAAGAACCAUCGAGAUCCUUUAUCUUUAUCAUCACCCGUGCCGUCUUGACUGCCUUCUUAUUCCCGCUCAGUAACGAGGCGGACGUGGUUCACGCUAUGGCAAAACUAUUCGACGGUCUUUUCACGCUGAUAUCAGGCAUGCUUUGCAACUCUACCUAUCUGGAGGAAGGCAGGUUUGUUCCGAUUCUCGACAUCGUUUCAUCUACCCGGAAAGCAGAAAGGGUCGAUGCAAUUGUCCAAUUCGUGGCUCCCGGCGGAACAUCAGAACCUCUCGUUCCGGACAAAUAUCGAGGACUAGGUCCUCUCUUGGCCAUCGAAUACAAGAAUGUGCUUGCCGGAAACCCGAGAGUAUACCUGUCUAUGAUCGCCAUGAUCGCGGUUCUAGCUCGGAGUGGAGAAUUGUUCCCCUGGUGCAGCAUUGACUGUGACGAGUGCGAGCCAUACAAAUUCUGUCACGAUCACUUUGCGACUUUUCUGGCGAACCGACCUAUGCCGCAAGACAGUCCCUCGAAUGUAGCACUCCCAUCAGAAGAACAAUCACGUGCAGCCUUCCAACGCGUUGCAGAGCAGAUCGACAUGUUUGAUCAAGUUUACUGUUCAGGCGUGAAACGAAAGAAGAAGCAUUCGAAGAACAUUGGUGCAAAGGAAGGUACGGAAGCGAUCAAGGUACCUCCGACGGCUGCCACGAAGGAUAUCAAGCUGCUAGCCAAACUCAAGUCAUCCAUACGUGACGUUUGUCCGUCGCUCGGCCUGACUGACCAGUCGUUGCUGGACGAUGCAGAGGCGUUCGUGUCAAGCGCUUGGGAAACGUAUAUUCAAAUGUGGUCGCGCUUGGUGACGCAUAACGGCACCUACGAGCUUCUCACGUCUGGAGUUAUGUCUUCAGUACUUCAAUGUCAUCGAGAGGAGCAGGUCGCUGUCUUGUCGGACAUGUUCCUCCUGGCUUCCAACGCGAAAGCGUACCUUGAAAACCUGACUGGCCUUUUCAUCAUGGCAAUUGAAGACGCAGUGAAGCGAUCUUCGGCAGAUGGCGGCGAGCCCUGGCAAGAUCCGUUCCUAACGGUCGCCAAAGGCAGGCAAAAGAAACAUAGGCACGACGACUCUGAUACGGAGAAGCCGAAGCAAAAGAGGCGAAGAGAUGACACAGACAGCGAGAACGAGUACAGCGAUAGUGAAGGUCACGACAACGACCAGAAAGAUGCAGAUAAAAAGGGCGACGGCGGUGCAGAUGAAGAUAGCUAUGGUAGUAGGGAUGACAAUGAUGGCCGCGAUAACCGUCACAACCAAGAUGGCGAUUACAGAGAGCAACAGAAGCGUACGGAACGGCAGCAAGCGGGGAAGAAUUGCGAUCAAGAUGACGAAUCCGCGUCAUGGAAAUUGAAUGCUUUCGAAGGCAUCGACCUGGCGUUCUACGGAGAUGGCCUAUGCUCAACAGGCUUCACACAUCUCGUGCCCAUUCAUUCUGUUGGUACCGAUGAAAUUUCUGCAUCUACCAGUAGUUCAACUUACACAGGCAUCACCCACGCCACGGAUUCGGAUGAAGCCCCUGUCUCUUUCGGUGCCAUAGAACACCAGGAUUCGGUAAAGGAGGUACCCGAAGACCGUCCAACAUUGCUGGGUAUUGAACCUGUUCAAUCCCCUGAACGUCAGUCUGGCACGGCCAGUAUAGGAUGCGCAGUCUUACCAUUGACGCCUCGCGCUGGCAUCUUCCUGAACAAACAAACAGCUGUCGGCCGUUAUAGUCAAGUUUGGGGUGGCCACGCUCUUGUCGAGUCACUUGGAGGAGAGACGAUAGAGGUAGCGCUGAAGACUGCAGUUGAUGAGCCCAGCGGUCUCAAGCUCAGGCAGGAGCUGGAUGCAUACAAGAUUUUGCAUCAGCACCCAGGCAUUGGACCACGUUGCUUUGGGCUGUACGAAGAUAGUACCGGCACGACUGUCCUAGUUCUGGAGUACUGCGGCACUGCGUUGACGGAUUAUGAUCUCGAUUUGACGACCCGAGAGGCAAUCUACCAUCAAGUCGCCGAGUUACACAAGGCCGGAAUCGUUCACGAGGACCUUUCGCCGCGCAAUAUUCUAUUGCAAGAGAAUUCUGCCGUUCGGAUCGUAGAUUUCGAGACGUUUUGGUCAGGACACGUGUGUCCCGGCCCACGUUGCUUCGAGUUGAAGAUUCUGCGAUCGAAGCUGGAACUCGACUAA